AGUCCUGGAUUGCUGGUUGGGGUGAUCUGGUGAUCUUCUCUGCUGUCCUCACCACUCUCUGUAGGGCCUUCUGGUCAGCAGCAGAGCAACUGCCAUACCAGAUUGAGAGACUGCUGGUAAGAAUGCUCUCAAUGGCACCCCUGUAAAAGGUGGUGAGGGCAGAAGGGGGGAGGUCGGCUCUCCUCAUCCGUCGAAGGAAGUGGAGGGGUUGCUGUGCUUUCUUGAUUAGGGAGAUGGUGUUGGUGGACCAUGUCUGAUCAUCUGUGAUGUGCACUCCCAGGAACUUGGUGCUUUUCACAGACUCCACUGCACUGCCAUUGAUGGUGAGUGGGGUGUGUGCUGUCUGUUUCUUCCUAAAGUCCACAGUUAUUUAUUUUGUUUUAUUGAAAUUGAGUUGAAGGUUAUUGAUGUCACACCAGUUGAUGUGUUGUUGUACCUCCUCUCUGUAGGCUGAGUCGUCAUCGAUGAGACCCACCACUGUUGUGUCAUCUGCGAACUUGAUUCGAAUUAUGUUUGGCACAACAGUCAUGUGUCAUCAGCGUGAACAACAGAUGGCUCAGCACACAUCCACUGUGUCGAUCACAUCACAUGAUGCUGAGGGUAGAACAUCCAUCAUUUACCUUUCAUCUUAACCUGUCACAUCCACACCAGAGUUUCAAGGCCUGGGAACAUCAGCAACAGGGUUGAUUGCCAGCACACACUGAGCCAUGGACAUGGACUAGAAUGAACAUAUUUUUCCAGUUGAUGAGCGGAGUCGGCAAAGCUGGUGUUGAACGGUGAAGCUGCUCAAUGAUCCAGCACCAUUAAUAGUCAUGACUAUUGUACGUGACAGUUUGACACCAAGUCACAUGUGAGUGUGUAGGUUAAUUGGCCCUUUGUGAGUUGCCUUUAUUGCGUUGGGAUCGUUGAGAAAGUUGGAUAACAUAGAACUUGUGUCAACGGGUGAUCGAUGGUCGGCGUCUACUCGAUGGGCCAAAGGGUCUGUUUCCAUGCUGUAUCUCCAGCCUAAACCUCAAAAGCUGUUAGACCAGAUGAUGAAAAACUUAGUUAAAGAGGUUGAAAUGUUUAAUUGUCUUAUUUUUGAAUUGAAUUGAAUUGAAUUGAAUUGAAAGAUUUCAAAGACACGGCUGAAAUGGGAACUUCGACCCCCUGAGCUCACACGAGUUCUAUGUUGGCCCCAUGUUCUCAUCCACUCCUUACAUACUAGGGGCAUUUUCAGAUGACCACUUAACCUACAAACCCGCACGUCUCUAGGAUGUGGGAGGAAACCGGAGCACCCGGAGGAAACCCUUGCACUCACAGGGAGAACAUGCAAACUCCACGCAGACAGCCCCCAAGGUCAGGAUCAAAUGGGAGGUCUCUGGUGCUGCGAGGCAACGACUCUACCAUCUGCACCACUGUGCCGCCCUUAUGUGGAGAGUUCCGCAGCUUAGAAGAGAGGAAGUGGAUGGAGUCACCAGUGAAGGAGUGACCAGUGAGGACAGGGCCACAAGGACAGGAAGAAGGGGUGAGCUAUACAGAUAGUUGAAGUCAGGGAUGAGAAUUGUAAAUCUGAGCUGUGGCUUAUCUGGGACCAGUGGAGGUCAGGACUGACUCACUUGGUUUAGAUUCCUUAAAGUCAACAGGCUGAGCAGGAUUUUGAAUUGUUUUUCACAGAUGAAGGUUGGAUGGCUAUUCCUUUACCCAGUGUUGAGAUGUUUGUUAUUUUUGUGAAUUCAGAAGCUGGGCUUUGGGCAACGUAGGGAUGUGUGGACACUCCAUACAACCCUGAUAUUGUUCAUCCUUUCAAUGCCAAACUGAGGGAUGUAUUGAAAUGAUGACAGUAAGUUGGGUCAACACAGAGAUAGAGCACACUCACUGAACACAACGACGCACAUGCAGCGCAUUAGCUCAGAUUAGAGACCGGCUCAUUCUUCCUGCAUCUCUCUCUCUCUCGGGGUUCACCGCAUCUUCUCAAGCAGCAGUGGUAGACACAAAAUGCUGGAGUAACUCAGCAUAGACACAUAGAAAAUAGGUGCAAGAGGACGUCAUUCGGCCCUUCGAACCUGCAGCGCGAUUCAUUGUGAUCAUGGCUGAUCGUCCCCAAUCAAUAACCCGUGCCUGCCUUCUCCCCAUAUCCCUUGAUUCCACCAGCGGGACUGGCAACAUCUCUGGAGAGAAGAGAUCUCUGGAGAGACCCUUCUGAAUGACCUUCUUCGCUCUGACUUUGGCCUUGACCUAGAGAGAGGGGGGGGGGGGAGGAUGAAUUGGUUUGUUGAGUGAGGUCAUACUGUGUAGGAGUUGUCCACACAUAUAUAUUUAUACGGGGAGAAAGAUCAGUUGAUCAAUUGAGCGCUGAUGUUGGUGUGAGCAGUCACUCUGACCAGACUGUGUCGAGCAAGGGUUAAACCCGCCCCAGUCCCUGCUCAACAGGUGAGCAAAUUACCAAUCAAAGUCGGCAGAAGGACUCAAUCUCUUCAUAUAGCAGAAGGGUGAGAUUAUCUUGCUUGUGAAGAGUCCUGUCUUUGCUAUUACAGAGUCAUUGAUGCUGAGUAUUAAUGUCUGGAGUUUCUCCUCAGCUGCCGAUUGGAGUUCCAGAAUGUGGCGAGUCGUGUGGUUCACGCUGACCCUGGUGCUGAGAGCGGCGGUGCAGAGCGAAGUACAGGCGCAGAACAGCAAAUCUCAUGCGGCAGUUGUUCAAGCCAAGAGCGGCCUCACGAAGGAGGAUGUGAUCGCGGCCAUUAACCAGCGUGACCUCCCUCGUGAAAAGAUCUGGAGGAGCUUCCUCAUCGAAGGCGACAUCGUUAAACCCCUCUGGCGGAACGCGGUAACGUCCAACACCCGCACCUGGCGCAAGUCUCCGGAUGGUGCGGUGAGGAUUCCCUACGAGAUCUCGCCGCAGUAUGAUGAGCAGACCUGCAGUGCCAUCCAACGAGGCUUCAAGGACUUUGAGAAGUUCACCUGCAUCCGAUUUGUGGCUCGCACUAACGAGGAGGACUUCAUCUCUAUUCAGCCGGUUCACGGGUAGGUGGAGACGCUCCAAUGGUCCCUUGGUCUGUGGGUGCAGACGGACACCUCCAGUGCCCCUGGAACCGGUUCCCCAGACCUUCCACUUGGCCCGUCCUGCAUCACAUACACCGCUGAUGUAGGGUCAGCAGCCCCAACACUGGGAGCAGCAUCUGAAUGAAAGACACAGCAUCUCUCGUUGUGCUGUAACCCUGUGGUUUUAAUGAGUGGCCUUGUGUUUAAUGGUCUAAUUUAAAUAAACAAUAGCAGAGUAGACAAGGUGUUGGUGGAACUUGGCGAAUGAAGCAAUGUGGAGGACAUGGAGGGCAACAUUUUGGAAUUGAAUCCUACUUCAGACCGAUGAAGGGACUUGACUCAAAAUGUCACCCAUCCAUUCCUUCCCCAGAUGCUGCCUGACCUGCUGAGUUCCUCCAGCACUUUGUUUUUUACUCAGGAUUCCAGCACCUGCAGUUCAGUGCCUCCAUCGAACAGAAGAAAUGGGAUUGGGAACAGAGUGCGGCUCCAUUCAAUGUGCUGGCCAAUAUUUAACUGGGUGCCACCACUUCCCUGUACCAGCCCCAACCCCUC